UGCGCGGAAAGAUGUAAUUUCUGGAACGGACAUGGUUGCGUCUGAUAGUGAAAAACCAAGUGCGUGGAAUGUUUUGACCGUUCUGUCGUUUUCCGUUGUCCUUCGCGAUUUUGUCGAGUUAUAAAUUAUUCGUUGGUGAGUAAUCACUAUCUCCUUUAUUUUCCCGGCAUUUCACAAAUCAACGAUACUUUAGAACAGUUCCUUGUCGUCGGAUGAAGUCGCUCAACCGUGUUCAAAGACAGGGUAUGUUCCGGAUACCAAAGUCUACAAUGCCUACUUCUACUGCAACGAUGACGGUUAUGAAACGUCCGAAACUCCAGGAUUGUCUUUACUCAUCCUACGAAUGCACACAGCCCUGUCUGGAGGGAUACUCAUAUUGUGCUAAACACAUCCUCGAAGAUACAAACGCACCUUACAAACCGUGCGCUUUUGUAUAUAACACCAAUGGAAGAAAAUGUCAAAAUCCAGCCCCAAAGUUGGACAGAAGAGACAUCUCAUAUUGCAGUGAGCAUUCUAGAAAAGCGCAAAUCGCACGGAUCAAGUCAAUGUCACGGCGUUCCUUGCCGCAAACACCAGAAAUGCUUUUGCUUAAUCUGAAUCACUAUGUCAAGCCCACCGAUUCUAGUGCGGAGGAUACAGAAGAUGAGGGAGGAAAAAUUAAAGCUUUGGAUCCUUUCACCGAAGUUGAUGCUUACAGAGUGAAUGCGAACGGCAGUGACAUCUUAGAUUACGCCAGUUCAUCAGAGAGUGAUGUCGAACCUACAGUUGUUAACGACACCCUAAGAGGAGUGUUUCUCGAUGAUAGUGACAACGAAAGUUUACACAGUCCGCAAGAAGAUCCGUUGAAUAUAAACUUUUUAAGGCACGCCGGCAUUUUUACCGCGGAGGAGGUCAUUUAUAUCGCGAGGGAAAAAUUAAUUAGGCUUCAGUCUCUUUAUAUCGAACAGUUUAGAAGGCUGCAGUACUUAUUGAGAGAGAAAAGACGAAAGUACUUGCUUACCUUGAAAAAGGAGAAAGAGACACUUUGCAGUAUACACAAUCAAACAAAGGAAAGUGCAAAAGAGAAGAAACUUUACGAGAAACUGAAGGCAUUAAAUCGUUAUCACAGGCGGAGUGGCGUUGAAGCCAUACUUUACAGAAAAUCACUGGAACGUCGUGCGCAGAUAACCGAGCCCAUUCAGAAGCCGCCAAACGUGUCGAAAUGCAUAUUCACCGAAGGUGGCGUAAAGUGCGGUGAGAGAACGCUUCCGUCGGCCAAGCAUUGUCGUAAGCACAUUCUAAAGGACCAGCAUCAAGUUCUGUUCAAAGCGUGCGGAGCGGUGCGCGCGGAUAUAGAGUGCCAUGAACCCGUGCCUGUGAUCUUCGAUUCCAACUGCGUAUUUCACAUGAACCUACCGCCGCCGUGCAAGCUAGAAUCUAUGAAGUUCGAGGAGGAGAAGCCCAAGUUGCAGGAAACGUCGAUGACCGACAAUCAGUCGAUGGAGAUCGAUGUAGUGGGAGAAACCCAGGAAAUCGAUCCCGACGAUGACAUGGCGGGACUGAUGAGAGAAAUGAACGAUUCCGCUCACGCGAAACCGGCGUUCGGCAACGAGAGUUUGAACAGUGAAACCAGUACGGACACGGCAUUCAGCCUGUCAGCGCAGAUGAGUGACCGGGAUGACUUCGCUACCGUAUGACAAACUAUGCCGUGAUCUUUCGACUCGCGUUGCAUCUCUAUUGAUUUUCCUCAUUAUUUGAGCAAAAAUAUUAAUGACAAAAUAAUCUACUCUCCGAUAUUCGAUUCAGUCUGCGUUGAGAUCUCUUUACCUAAAUAUCGGAUCACCUGCAACACUUAUUUUAAUAUAUAACGUGUAAUUUAAUAAUGUGAUUAUCGGUAUGUUAACAUUUGUAUAUAUUAACUUGAGAAAAAUAUAUUGUACAUGUAUGAGAAAUUGUAUAGCAGAAAAUUCUAAUGUGUAAUUAAUGUUAUGAUACUUUGAAGCGUUUAUAUUAAAGUCGGAAAAUUGACGCUAUAUAAAUUUAAGUUAUACAAAACUAUAGAUACUAUAGAUUAUACACAAUUAUAGCAAAUAUAUUUAAAAAAAAAACUACAUGAAAAUAAUAUGUACUGGAUUACAG